AUGGGCACGCGCGGGCCCUAUGCGCUGGUGGACACCACUCCGGCCAAGACCAUCUUGGUGUACCGCAACGGGGACCAGUUCUAUGUGGGCCGCAAGUUCGUGUUCUCCCGGCGCCGAGUAGCCAACUUCGAGGCUCUGCUGGAGCAGCUGACCGAGCAGGUGGAGGUGCCCUUCGGUGUGCGGCGGCUCUACACGCCCACGCGUGGCCACCCGGUGCUCGGACUGGACGCGCUGCAGACCGGUGGCAAGUACGUGGCUGCAGGCCGGGAGCGCUUCAAGAAGCUGGACUAUAUUCAUAUAGUUCCCAGAAAACCUUCAAAGAUGAGAAAGUUGAAGGAAAUCAAGCCGGUGGUCCAUUGUGAUAUCAACGUGCCUUCCAGAUGGCAAACACAGAGCAGGACAUCCCGAUACAUAAAUGUUUUCACAAAUGGAAGAUUAUUUAUCCCGCCUAUAAAAAUUAUUAUACCCAAAUUCAGCCUGUCAGAUUGGAAUAGCGUGCUGGCCAUGAUUGGAGAAAAAGUCUUCCCUUUAGGAGGCGUUCGAAAGUUGUUUACAAUGGAUGGACAUCUUUUGAAUGACUCAAAAAAUUUGCAAGACAAUUACUUUUAUGUUGCUGCUGGACUUGAGACUUUUAAAUCCAUUCCUUACUGGAAGUCCUCAUGGGUCCCCUGUGAGGUCCAGCAGAGGUUUGGAGGCAAUGAUAAAUACACGCAAACAAAGAGAAGAGUGGAGUCCAAAGUAAAAGAACCUCUUCAAAAUGACAGUGUACCACCUAGAAGUCAGGAUUCUGUUUAUUAUGCCAAAGAGAAAAAGCAGAUGGAUACAGAACCUUUAGUUCAAAGCGGUGCAGAAGGUGAUGUUUAUAAAGCACAGACUCCUGCUAAGGAAACCCAAGAAGCCCUGGAAGUCAAGGAGGACCCAGAGGUGAAGGUGGAGGUGCCAGUAGAUCAGGCACCAGCUGAAAUUGUUAAAGAAAUUGAUGAGAUAGGCAACAGCAGCCCUGGCCUGGAGAGCGGCAUGCUUCAGGUAGAGAGCACAGGCUGUAAGUUUUGGAGGGAAGCUGCCUGUGAGAGCAACUGGAUGUGGAGGCUGCAAUGCAGGUGUAAAACGAUGAUUAGGACCGCAACAUGGUGCAAAGGCGAGCGAGUCCCGAGCCUGCAACCCAAAGAACUGAUAGGAGCCCUGGACCUGCUGUCGAGGGCCUAUGUUGACACAGGCCAGUUGCAGGGGCCCCCUGUCUUCAUUGCAUCUCUCAAGAACUUCUGCAAGAAUAAAGAGGUGGUUCCAACGCCUGUGAUGGAGGAAGACUGA